AUGUCUGAAGUAACAAACACAAAUAAAGGUGAAGCUAGCUUCUACGAAUUCGACACCGAAAAAACUAUACUUUCUCUUAAAAUACCCGAAAAUCUGCUCUCGCAAUGGUUUAAGGGUCGCACAAUUGCAUUGUUUAUAUGUUUGGAUAUUUCUGGUUCGAUGAGUGGUGAACCAAUCAAACAAGCCAAGCAAGCCAUUUUGGAAUUAUUAGAAGGGGUUUUCAGUUCCGGUGCAUGUACUGAACAAGACAUCACGUGUUUCUUUUUCGAUCACAAUUGUACUGUGGUUCCUUUUGCCAAUGAUCCAGAGUUACGUUGGGAUAAUGGUGGUAUUCAAAGAUAUUUCAAGGAUAAAGUUAAUAUUCGAGGAGGAACCGAUUUCACACAUGUCUAUCGAGAGAUCGUCAAACAUAUGCCAACAGUUCAUACCGAUUUGGCUGUAAUUUUCUUCACCGAUGGACAGACAUCCAAAGUUCAAGAUCAAGAUAAUAAUGCUAUUUCUAGUGCAUUAUCUACGUUUAAACAUGGUACUGAAGUUCAUACCAUCGGUUUUAGUAGAUAUCAUGAUGCAGCAAUCUUGUCAUGGUUGACCAAACUUGGAACAAAACAAGGAAACUUCCAAUACGUGGAAACUACCGUCGAUAUCGGAAAAACAAUGAAAACGACACUUGAAUUGCUUUCGCUCGGAGAUCGAAACAUUUUUGUAAAGAUCGGUGAUAAUGAAGCAAUUCAAACUGCCUUCGACAACGAGGGAUGUGGAAGAUUAGUACUCACCGAAGAGAACAAAUCAGUCCGAGGGAAAAAAGUAACUAUUCUCAAAGAUCAAGAAGCAACCGGCCUAGAAACAUUUACCAUCGAAUCUCUACGACAAGUUAACGAGGGAGAUGCAGAAGCAACGCUUUUGACUAUUCCUGUAAUGCAAAGUGAAAUUACGCGAUUGACAAAUGAGAUUAUUAAUAACACUGGAAAUCGCGAGAAAUUGGAUGAAAUUAAAGAACAGGCUGAAAAUUAUGAUGCGAAUCUGAAUAUUAUCUUGGAGAAGUCAUUUAAAUUGAAGAGCGCUUUUCGAAAUGAAACUAUACGACAGUGUAUGGACGUUAAAGCGAUGUUGCAUCGUUUCAAAGAUUUAUUAUCAGAUGCUCUUAAAGGAACAUUGUCAAAUGAAAAAAUCGCAAACUUUAAUAACCUUGCAUACAAGAAUGUCACCCAACAAAGACUAAAGAAAAAACUUGAUAAUCGUGCAAUCAAGAACGUUGAUCAAAUGGAUGCAAUUGAAGAGCGUCUUAAGAAUCUUGUGCAAACAAUUGAUUUCGACGAGUUAGACCGAACGGAGACAGAAGAAAAUAAAUUAACAUAUGCAUGUCUUCUAACUACUGAUAAUUAUAUUGAGGCAAUGCGAGAAGGAGAAUGUAUGUGCUUAACUCUGGACAUCGGUCGUUCGCAAGCUGCUAUCGCUGACCCGACUCAACUUAUCAUAAAGAAAAUCAAUCAAACUUUCAUGUCAUCCGAUGCAUUUAUGAACUCUGUACGAUAUGCACUUGAAGAGACUAGUGGGGGUGACGAAAAUGUGCAUGGUGGUUUUCAGGGCCCUUCUUUUUCUGCUAGUGUUAUUCAAGGAAUCGCUAGGGAAGAUAUAACUGGUAUUCUACCUUUAUACAUUAACGAAAAGCAUUGGCAAAUAGCAAAAGAGCGAAUUAAGCCAAUUUUGGGUUAUAUGACAACUCUCGACGUAUUUGGCUACGCCUAUAGCCAGCUUACAACAGUCCCUUUCCUUGUGCUAGGAAAAGCUCUUGGUGAUACGUCAACAGAUUUUCGACGCAAACAACUAACAUUAAUACUCGAUACCUGCCGGGCACUAUACAAACAAUCAACAUAUCUUCGUGAAGAAAACAAAACAUUAUUCGAGAAAUACACAAAAUCUCCACUAAAUCGAACCGUCGAUAGUGUAGCUAACCAUGUUGUCUUACUCGGCCAUAUACUUUGUGCACUCCAACUCGGAGAUAUUACCCUCACCCAAGUGCAGCAAUAUCUACAAGAAGGACUCUUCACAUACGCAAUCGAGGAAACUAUUCGUCGAAGACUUAAUAGAGCUUUACCUGGUAUUGAAGAAAAGUUCGAUGAUAUCCAGAAAUUCUUGGGAAUUGAUCAGAAAUCAUUAAUUGAUGAGCCAAUAAAAGAGUUUUCAGAAUCAUAUGCAGCGUUUAUAAAAAAAGCUCAAGAGUCGACGAGGCACGAACACAAUAGAUACUCUAUCGCGUUUAAAACUGCGUUAGGAAUGAAGAUUGAUAAUACAGUAUCACAAGAAUCCACCGUAAUGGAUAUUAAUGCGUUGGUGCCUCCAACUGUCCGAAAUACUCGAUACAACGGAUCAUCAUACACGGUUCCAGGAUCAACAUCAGAACUUUUAUCAAAAACGCAGCAGCUAGUCUUGGAAACCGUAGAGCUGAUACUUCGCUUUAAACAACUAUUUGAAUGGCUAAUAACCAAUAAUACUACAGACAUCACUAAAUUCACCGAAUUCUAUAAAUUCGCCCCAGAAAAAACACCAUUCGCCACACAAUUCUUUGCCCAGCUCUCACCCAAAGCACGGCUAGCAACAUUCAUUCAAGCAUACAAACAUCGACAAAACUCUGCAAGACGUGAAGCAGCCAAAGCAACACCGACUACUUUCUUUGAACCAUUUUCAGAUGCCACAGCCGACCAAAUAAUAUCUCUUCAAUUCGACGAAUAUGUUUCCGACCAAUUGAAACGUCAAGUCGAUAAAAUUAUCGAUUCCUAUAAUAAACUGACCAAUAACGCUGUUGGAUUGGCUUUUUGGCAAGCAAACUCUGCAGAUGAGGCUGCUGGUGUUUUGAUGCUUGAUGUGAAAUUCCGUGGGGCAAAAGUAUAUACGCAGGCUAUUAAAGCUUUGCAAAAACCUCAAACAGAGUUAGCGAAAGAAAAGAUUGAAAUGCUUAUAAAGGGAACCUGGAAGGGAGUAAAAUUGUUUCAAGAUGAUUUCAGUAAAUUACCGGAAAAAGAAAUCUGGAUUCCAUCUAGACAAAACUUGUAUCGAAUCAUUAUUGCGCAAAAGGGUUCCGUUAAUGCAGCGACUUGGAUUGAACUCUUGCCUAGCUACAAAAGUUAUAUAGAACAUCAAUUCGAUGAUGAAUAUUUGGCUCGUCGUUUGCAUGAGGCAUGGGAAGAAAGAGAAUUAAAGCGAGGACACUAA